CAGUACAGAAGACUGUGUACUGUGUGUUGGCUAAAUAUUGCGUGAUAUUUUUUUCAGGGAGUUUAAACUUUCAGUACAAAAUGUACUCUAUAGGUAGACUGCACGGCAUGUGAAGGCAGAACAAAAUUUCCGCCUGGAGCUGCACGACAUUACCUAUCCAGAACAAGGCUGUGCGUUGGCGCUCGGAGAAACUCCCCCAACAAAGCCUCUCCUCCAACACGCCCAUAGAGAAACACAAACAGUGGAUUUUACGCUUUUCUUUUCCUGACACUGCAGGACUUUAAGACCAAGUUGAGGAUCCUGGACCAGCGACACCAGCAGCUCAGCAGCACCAGAGCCAAGAGCCACUCACCCUCAACCUGAAGGAGAAGCAGCAGGAAGUCAACAUGAGCAGAUGUCUGAUCAGCAAGGCGGAGGUGCAAGGCUUCAUCGAGAGGUGUAUGACAGGCGUGGGCACCAAGGCACAUCAUGCCCGCAGCCUGGCCGAGGUGCUGGUGGAGGGGGACCACAGGGGCCACUACAGCCAUGGACUCAACCGGAUGGACAUGUAUGUUAAGGACAUCCAGACCGGUAUCUGUGCCAAGGACGGUGAGCCAGUGGUGGAGAAGGAGAGUGCAGCCACAGCUCUGGUGGAUGGGAAGAACCUGCUGGGUCCCGUGGUGGGAAACUUCUGCAUGAAUCUGGCCAUCAAGAAGGCUAAAGAAGCUGGUAUUGGCUGGGUGGUGGCACAUGGUUCCAACCAUUACGGUAUUGCUGGAUAUUACUCAAUGCAAGCUCUGAAGGAAAACAUGAUUGGCAUGUCCUUUACCAACACGUCUCCACUGGUGGUUCCCACACGUGGUAAAGAGUGCACUUUGGGCACCAACCCCAUCAGCGUAGCUGCUCCGGCUAAAGAUGGAGAUAGCUUUGUUCUGGACAUGGCCACAUCAGCAGUAGCACUUGGAAAGGUGGAGCUCCAUGACCGACGGGGAGACACCAUCCCUGAGGGCUGGGGCUGCGACGCCGAGGGGAAGCUGACCACCGACCCCAAGAGAGUCCUGAGCGGGGGAGGGCUGGUGCCUGUCGGCGGCAGUGAAGCCACAGGAGGGUACAAAGGCUACGGGCUGGGAAUGAUGGUGGAAGUGUUCUGUGGUAUUUUGGCCGGUGCCCAGUACAGCAAUCAUGUCCGAACCUGGAAAGUAACAGACCGUGUUGCCAACCUGGGUCAGUGUUUCGUUGCUAUUAACCCAGAGAACUUUGCUCCCGGGUUCGCUGAGAGGAUGUCAGACCUCCUGUCCAUCCAGAGGGGGUUGGACCCUGCUGACCCGAGCAGUCCGGUUUUGGCUGCUGGAGAUCCAGAGAGGAUGAACAUGAAGGAUUGUGAGAAGAUGGGCGGGAUCCCCUACCACAUCAAUGUCGUCAACCACAUGAAUGAAUGUGCCAAGAAAGUUGGUGUCAGCCCGCUGCUGCCAUGUGACAAUCUCAUCUCUAACUAGUGGAAAUCUUCAGCUUCUGCUCAUCUUAAAGUUCACAUUGAGCUACUCGGGAACGACUCUCUAUACAUGUAAACUGUGUACAUGUUGACAAUCAUAUCACUUUCCAGGUAUUUAAAUCUUUUCUAUAACGUGUGACAAAAAACGUUUCUCAUUUCUGUAACAUUUGUGACAUGAGACCAAAAAUACCAACGUAUCUCUCUUCUUAAGGGAACUUUUGAAACAAAGCUGUUUAAAGACCUGGCUUUAUGGCUGGAUGUGAAUGAGUUGAGAAUGUUGUAGCGGUGCUGUUGAAAGAUGAGCUCGCUGGUUUGUUGCCACAACAGUUCGGGCUGUUCCCUGUUGGGGAUCUGUUUUACUCCGUUGCAGUUAAUAUGCAGUACACCUUUUUAACUCUAUAGUUUUUAAAGCUAAACAUGUCAUUUUUUGUAGUGAGAAGGAUUUAGAAAUAACUGUUAGAAUGUUUGGCUUUUACACCAAGGUCAUAAAAACCACCUUUCUCCUGUGCCUUAUUCAAUAAAAGUCAUACAAACCCAAA